GGGUUACACUGGUCAUAAUUUUUGAUGUAUUAAGUUUAAUUUUGUGAUUCAUUCAUUCAUUUAAACAAUUGAAAAUAAGCAGAGUACCGCAACGCAAGCAGGCGUUUAUCUGCGUUUUUUUAUAUAUAUAUUCAUCGAAAUACUGGAAGAUAACGUUGCAAUAAGUCUCACAUAUAUACACAUACAUAAGUUUAACUCUCUCUUAGUGAAAGAAUUGAAAGAAUGGCAGCCGAGAUAAAACCAGCACAACGCAGCAACAAUGACCGCUUUUUAUCGACAAAAAAGCCGGAAUUGCUCAGUAAAUUGGAGGGCAGCGGUGACGAUGUAAAUGCAGCAAUCUUAAUACCUGGUGAAAAUGGAGUUAUCAGCGUUUCAGAUGAUAAAACGGUGCGUGUUUGGCUUAAACGGGAUUCCGGACAGUAUUGGCCCAGUAUUUGUCAAUACAUGCCCUCUGGCUGCACUGCCAUUGAAUACGUUCAGGAGCUACGUCAGUUGUACGUUGGCCAAGACAACGGAACCGUAACGCAAUAUACGCUCUCUGAGGACUGCAAUCGUUUGUCGUUUAUCCGCGAUUAUCUGUCGCAUCAGGGUCGAGUGGUGGCCGUUGUUUUUUCGAAAACUCACAACUGGAUUCUCUCUGCUGGCAAAGAUAAACAGUUUGCGUACCAUUGCACGGAAUCGGCAACUCGAGUGGGCGGAUACAACUUUGAGACGCCGUGCACUGCACUGCAGUUCGAUGCUCUAGCGAAAUACGCUUUUAUUGGAGAUCAGGCAGGCCAAAUAACGAUGCUACGCUGUGAUGUGUCCGGUGUGCAGUUAAUCACCACAUUUAAAGGCCAUACUGCUGGUAUUAGGUGCUUGAGAUGGGUGGAAGGACCCCAGUUAUUGUUCAGUGGUGCAUGCGAUCAAUCCGUGAUUGUCUGGGAUGUAGGCGGAAAGCGAGGCACUAUUUACGAAUUGCAAGGACAUAAUAACAAAGUAUCUGCUCUGGCGUAUGCAAAUCACACACAGCAAUUGAUUACUUGUGGUGAAGACUCCGUAGUUGUUUUUUGGGAAAUGAAUGCUAUGCGAAAAGAGGUACCUGGAUGGGUGGAGUCUAAUAAUUGCCAACUGUGCUCUAGACCAUUUUUCUGGAACUUUCGCUCGAUGAUGGACCAAAAACAAUUGGGUAUUCGACAACAUCAUUGUCGUCACUGCGGGAAAGCUGUUUGCGACAAUUGUUCGACCAAUCGCAUUAAUAUACCAAUAAUGGGAUUCGAGUACGAUGUCCGCUGCUGCGAUCCAUGCUACAAACAAUUGCAGACAGUGGAGCGUCCGUCUUUGGCAUCGUUCCAUGAUGCCAAACAUUGCAUUGUUCACAUGGAUUUGGAUGAGGAACGAAAACGCCUUUUGACUGUUGGACAGGAUAGACUAAUCAAAGUUUGGGAUCUAUCCACUAUUUGGGUAUAAUAUUUAAAUGGCCAUGUUCACGUUGCAUGAUUGGCGUUUCAACUAAAAUAUUAACUUGUAUGAAACGAAAUAUGAAUACCAAAUACUUAACUAAGUAUUGAUUGAUUGAUAAAUAGCAACGGCAUGACAACGCCGAGUUAAUGCACUUUUACAAUAUAAGCAAUGUUUAACGUAUAUGUUACUAUUAAAUAUAUACAUUACUUCAUACAUAAAAAUAUACAAAUAAGUUACAUUUUCAUCAGAAUGAAAUUGAUGUAAAACUAGAAUCCAUGGAUAUCAAUAAAAUAAAAUCAAUGUCU